AUGGUAAAAGAGCUAUCAUCAGAGCCAACAAGAUACCAUGAUGGAGUCAUUCACCAUAUACCAUGCUUCGCACAUAUUGUCCAGCUUGCACAAAAGGCUCUCCUUGGGUCAAUCCGAUUAAACCCAACAAAGUCAGAGCUACAGACUGACUGGGAUGAAAAUUCAGCCAACGAGAUUAGAGAUCUAAGUAAAGAGAGGGGCCUUCCAUGGAUCCUUGCCAAGCUUCGGAAGCUAGCUGUCUUUGUGAAUUCAAGUUUACAGCGAAGAGAGAGAUUUAUGGGAAUCCAAAGACAGUGUAUUAAAGAUGGAGCAAAGGUCUUACGACUUAUCCAAGAUGUGUUAACGCGAUGGGACUCAACCCUACAUAUGAUGCUACAAGCAGUCUUACUCCAAGAAGCAGUGAAUAAGUUUACAACUGAGUUUACUGCAGCUAAUAUAUUUCAUAUUAGUCCCCCAGAGUGGAAACACAUCACCUACCUUAUUGAUGUUACUCGCCAGUUUAGCUUCUGGACCUCAAACAUGGCACCCUCCCACCAACCACCAUUAUUAUGGUGGAAAGAUAACGAGCGAUUAUUCCCUGGGUUUGCUGCUAUGGCCCGGGAUAUACUUUGUAUUCCUGCAUCUGAAGCCCUCGUUGAGCGGGUCUUUAGUACUGCCCGUGCUGUCUGCAAUUAUAGGCGCAACCAGAUGGCCCCUGAGACAAUAAGGGGUAUUAUGCUUGUCUUCUACCAACAGAAAAUCGAACGGGAACAGCUCUUUGAACACUACUCAGUUACGGAUAUUAUUGAUUCAACCUAUAUGAAUGAUGAGGAAAUAUCAUUUGAGUAUAAUGCUCUAAUUGAUAAUAUCCAGGAGAAGAUGGCACUACAGUACAUUCCAGACCGAAGCCCAAGGCAGCCAAAUACCUAUGACCAGACAAGGCGGAACAAAGACCGGUUUGAAUUUGUUCAAUCACGACGAGGUCUCCAUAGCUUGCCAAGGGUACAGCGGUCACAAGGCCAGUGUAAGGAUGCCUCCGUACCUAGAUACUCGAAGAACCUGUCUCAGAACUGUUACGGUCACUACAAACAUGGAAUCCGACUCGGUGGGGUUUCGAACCAGUAG